AUGGCGAUUAGCUUACUCUACUUGGCUAUAUUCGUCUUCUUGGGAGGACUAUGCCGUCUCAUUCAGUUUCUGAGGAAAUCGGAGAAGCCUAGAUUAUUAACGCAGCCUCGUAUCCCUGUUUCUUCUUCUGAUUCACCGUCUCGGUCUCUGUGGGAGUACGACUUAGUUUCAGAGGAACAGAUGUUCGGAGAAGUUUCGUCAGCCAUCUCUACGAGGCUCUCAAUAACGAAGGAAUCAAAACUUUUCUCGACGACAGAGAACUUCAAAAAGGCAAUUUCAUCUAGGAUGGACUUGAGAAAGCCAUUGUUCAACUUGAAAAUCCGAAGCGGGUGCUUCCGCAAAGCUUUUGAGAAGCAUGAGCAGAGGUAUGAUCUGGAGACUGUGGAUGUAUGGAGAAGAGCUUUGGCUCUAGUUGGAAAAAUCUCUGGCUGGGAUUCCAAUAGCAGGAAGGAGGACUCAGAGCUUGUACAUGAAAUUGUUCAAGAUCUUUCUGAAAGAUUAUACUCACAUUUAUCAGACGGCACAACUGGAUUGGUGGGGAUGAGUUCUCACAAGAAACAAAUAGAACCUUUCCUAUCAAUGGACUCUGGAGAUGUCCGAAUGAUAGGAGUCUGGGGUACGGGUGGCGUUGGGAAAACAACCAUCGUGAAAUAUGUCUUUGAAGGACUCUCGAGUCAGUUUGAUGCUCGUUGCCUUCUAGAAAACGUGAAAGGAGAUUUCAAACAAUAUGGUCAAUCACACUUGCGAAAGGAACUCUUGUCUGAAAUCUUCCCAAAAAGUCCCUUGAGUGCGCAGUGUAUCACUUCUGUUGCAAUGAAGCGAAGACUUCGUGGCAAGAAGGUUCUUUUAGUCCUCGAUGAUGUUGAUCACGUUCAACAACUGCAAGAUUUGGCUGGGAAUUGGUUUGGUCCAGGAAGCAGGAUCAUUAUAACUACACGGGACAAGCGUGUGUUAGAUGAGCAUGGUGUGGAACACAUUUAUGAAGUAAAGCCUUUGAGGCCUACCCAUGCACUUCAGCUUUUCAGCAAACAUGCUUUCAAAAUGAAUCGUCCACAAGCAGAGUUUAGAGAGCUCUCUUUAGAUAUUGUCGAGCAACUUGGUGGUCUUCCAUUAGCUAUUCGAGUCAUUGGUGCAUCUCUAUAUCAACGGAAAAUAGAACUCUGGGAAGAUAAGCUGUUUAUACUGAAAAAUAGUCUCGAUAAAUCUAUCUCACUGGCGUUAAAAGUAAGUUAUGAUGCACUGGAUGAGCAUGAAAAGAUUGUUUUUCUUUAUGUUGCUGGUUGUUUUAAUGGGGAGUAUAUGGAUCGAGCGAAAAAGGUACUAGACUCCUUUGUCUUUAAAUCUGAACCAAGGCUAGUAACUUUGAUGGAGAAGUCUCUGAUUGGUUCGUCUAAAAGUACGAGGCUAUGGGUUCAUGAUCUACUUCAAGACAUGGCCAAGGAUAUUAUUUGUGAAGGGAAAAAGGAAAAACUAUGGAAGCGUAAAAUGCUAUGGAAUUUUUCCUAUGUCAAAGGCUUGUUCACUGAACAUAUGGGAACUAAAGACAUACAGGUUGAAAGUAUAUUGCUCAAUAUGGCUGAAGGAACAGAGCUUUGCAUCAACCAUGCAACGUUUAAGAGGAUGUUCAAUCUCAAAUUUCUUAAAAUUUAUAAUAACUUUACUGUUGGGGGAGCAAAAUGAGCAUGGUUAACGAUCUUGACUACCUCCCUCCACUGAGAUAUCUUCACUGGGAGGCUUACAUUUUGAAAACGUUGCCUUCUCGCUUCCAGACUGACUAUCUAGUUGAACUUAAUCUCCCUGAUAGUUCAAUUGAAACACUAUGGA